AUGUACGAACAGCUUCUUUACUGGUUUCACGACCUAGUACGUCCAUUACAUUUUUCUGUUGAAGAAAAUAGUUGUUUUAGAACCACUCAAGCUCUAAAAACUUAUACAAUUCUUCAACAAUAUGAAAAAGAGAAUCCUGCAAUUAGCAGACGUCCUACAAGUAGAGGAGCUACAACAGCAACAACUAAUAAUAUUAAUGGAAUAAAUGAAAAUGGAACAGCAUUAACAACAAAUGGUAUUGGUGGGGCAGCUACAUGUUCAACAACAACCCCUUCACCUGGCUCUUCUACUCCUAGCUCUUUUAAUUCUCAAACUACGGUGUGA